AUGAAGCACUUCCGCGGGUGGCUCGUCGUGUGCCUCGUGUCGGCGGCCCUCUUUAUGCUGGUCGACAUUCCGGUGGCGCAGCAGCAAAACCUGCGCACCCGCACGAUAUUUGUCGCCGUCAUGACCCCCGCGGUGUGGGCCCUCUACCUCGUGCUGCUCUACGUCUUCCUGCACAGGCCGCUGCAGCGCAGCACGGGGGUGUACCGAAAAGGCGCCGCCUGUCGCCGCGGCGCGAGCGACGACGGUGUCUUUCUCUGGUUCAAGGAGCAGCACAAACUCAACGCGGUCCUCGUCAGGCUGCAGUCUGAGACGGAGAGCGUGGAGCGGCUCUCCUCGGGCCGGCAGCCGGCCUCUCCAGUCGGUCGCAACUCGCCGACGCUGUCGCUCGUCAGGGGCGCUGCAGCGGCACCCACGGGGGGCAGCCCGAUCUUGGCGCCACCCAACGGUGCCUUGUGA